CAUAUGACAACUUCACAACAAAAAUGUCUGCCUGCUUGUCAGUCCGGUGAAUUGUUUUUUAAUUUUUUUUUUUAUCGUUUCACAAAUAUAGCAUUUGCGUCAUAGCUUCUGCAUCUGAUAAAGACGUUGUCAAAAUAAAACCAAGCCAGACGCAAACUAGUCAGUGAAUAUUUUACCACCGUAAUCAUGGAGCCCACAGCAUCGGGAAUAUUCUGUAAUAGGAUGCUCAGUAUGGUGAACUCUGAGGACGUGAACGCCAUCAUUCAAGCGCAGAGACACAUGCUGGACCGGUUUGAGAAGACCAAUGAAAUGCUGAUCAACUUUAACGGACUGUCCAAUGUGCGCUUACAACAGAUGAAUGAACACUUUCUAAUGCACACCCGUACUUUAAUAGAGAUGAAGAAAGACUUGGACAGCAUUUUCAGACGAAUAAGGACUUUAAAAGGCAAAGUUGCGAAACAAUAUCCAGAGGCCUUCAGCAACAUCAAUGAAUGUUCCAACCUGGAGGAUGAUGAUGAUGACUUUGACCCCAUUCCUCCCAGUGUGGCCACCACCAUCACAACCACUGUGACGUCUGAACAGAGCACGGAGUCAUGUGACACAAGCCCUGAUGUGAUAUCUCCCACCAUUAGCUGCUGCUCUGAAGACCCCUCUCAAGAGAACACCGGCACACCAACCUCUGACAGCCACGAACAGCCAGUGUUACGGGACGAGGGGCCGGAUUCAGCUGACUUUUAGAUUCACGUGUAUAAUAUUGUAUUUACUGCAUGCAGAUGCCACUUAAAAGUGGGGCGAUGCAAGCUUACAGCUUAAGGUUUACUAUGCGAAAAUGGUUUUAAUGCUACUGUUGUUAAAUGUUAUUUUAAUUUAGAAAAAUAAUGCAAACUAGCUUACUUUUUGCAGAUUACAAAAAGUUUUAAAGACACAUUUAAAAACAGUUUUGUUUACCUUGUGUUGUGACAUUUUCAUGUUCAAAACCACAUUUAGUAUUAAUUCUAGAUUCAGAAAAGUAUGUCAUUAAAUAAGAGCUUUCUCACAGUGCACAAUGUGAGUGUUUUAAUUAAACUCUGUUUGCUUGAA